AUGACCGGCUGCACCAUUAAGGGCCACUUGGAAGAGAAUGCAACAGAGUCUACAGCACAACUACCCAACAGCCUGUUUCCUGCUCAGAAAGGGAACAGGACUUUGAACUCUGACAAGCCAGCCCUGCUCCAGCUCUCUGACUACCUGCUGACUCAUUACAGAAAGGGUGUCCGGCCAGUUCAGGACUGGAGAAGGACAACCAACGUAGCCAUUGAUGUCAUGGUAUAUGCCAUUCUCAGCGUGGAUGAAAAAAAUCAGGUGCUGACAACCUACAUCUGGUACAGGCAGCACUGGAUCGACGAGUUUCUCAGGUGGAAUCCAGAGGACUUUGAUAACAUCACGCAGAUGUCCCUCCCCACCCAGAGCAUCUGGGUACCAGACAUCCUCAUCAAUGAGUUUGUGGACGUGGGCAAGUCCCCGGACAUCCCAUACGUCUAUGUCCGCCACCACGGGGAGGUCCAGAACCUCAAGCCGAUCCAGGUGGUGACUGCCUGCAGCCUGGACAUCUACAACUUCCCCUUCGACGUGCAGAACUGCUCGCUCACCUUCACCAGCUGGCUGCACAACAUCCGCGACAUCAACAUCUCGCUGUGGCGGCAGCCGGAGCUGGUGAAAUUUGACAAGAGCGUCUUCAUGAACCAGGGAGAGUGGGAGCUUCUCUACGUACUCAGCCAGUUCCGGGAGUUCAGCGUGGAGGGCAGCGACAGCUACGCCGAGAUGAAGUUCUAUGUGGUCAUCCGGAGACGCCCCCUCUUCUACGCCGUCAGCCUGCUGCUCCCCAGCGUCUUCCUGAUGGUCAUGGACAUCGUGGGGUUCUACCUGCCUCCCGACAGCGGGGAGAGGGUCUCCUUCAAGAUCACCCUCCUGCUGGGCUACUCCGUCUUCCUGAUCAUCGUGUCCGACACGCUGCCCGCCACUGCCAUUGGGACCCCACUGAUAGGUGUCUAUUUUGUUGUGUGCAUGGCCUUGCUGGUCAUCAGCCUGACCGAGACCAUCCUGAUCGUGCGCCUGGUCCACAAGCAGGACCUGCAGCCUCACGUCCCCGACUGGGUCAAGCACCUGGUGCUGGAACGAGCCACCAUCCUGCUCUGCAUCCGUGACAGGAAGAAAUUCUACCCCAGCAGGGGACAGAGUUCAGACAUCAGCCGGCACCUGGAGAACAAUGACAGCACAGCCCAGCUGAACCACUACGGCUGCGAGAACCUCCGUGAGUACGAGAGGGUGGCAGGCGCAAGGCCAUUGCCGGCACCGCUGGCCCAAGGGGAGAGCUCCCCGGUGGUGGCCAGCAUCCUGCAGGAAAUCUCUGCCAUCCGCCAGUUCUUGGAGAAGCGCGACGAGUUCCGCGACAUCGCCCGCGAGUGGCUCCAGGUGGGCUAUGUGCUGGACGUGCUGCUCUUCCGGGUGUACCUGGUGGCUGUGCUGGCCUAUAGCAUCACGCUGGGCACCCUCUGGUCCGUCUGGCAGUACGCAUGAGCCGUGCCGGCCUGUGCGGGCAAGAGUGACAGGUUGCUCCACUGCCACACUUUAAAGGGGUCAUUCCCAGCUCCACGGACUCCCCUGUAUAUUCUAACCACAGAGAUCCAGGGCCUAACAGUUCUUCAGCAGCACUGGUGUACCAUAGGUUGGGCUCCAAACACCAUGGCUGGGAGAUGGUUAGAGAGGGAUGAACAAGAUUUAAUUAAAUCCGAGUCAACACUAAGCUUAGCCUAACCCCCUCUCCGGCCUCCAAUUAACUCCCUUUCCACUCGCAUGCCGCACACCUGCUCCCCCAGUCCCGUUCCAGCUCCUCUCUCAUUUCCAUCAGGACGCAGAGAGCAACGUCCCACCACACAGGCCGGCCUCCCUGUGCAUCCCGCCACAGCAGAAGCAGGAGAAUAUCACGGGAGCCUGAAUAUGCACAGUUCCCAGGCUCUCACACCACUGAGCUGACCAGAGCCCUUGGAGGGUGAUUCAGUCCCAGUCCAGACCCAAACAGGGGUGAGGGGGGAAGGUUCACACCCAUCCAUUUGUUUAUGGGGGGGAAGAUCUCAGCCACCUGACCCCGGCCUGUCCAUGCCACUUCAGUGCCUUGCUGGCUCUGAGGGGUGCUUUCCUGACAUCUAUGGCAAUCCAUGUGCUUUUUCAGCCCCUUUCACCUCUUAUCCCAGCUCUUACCAUACAUUUUAGCAAGCAGGAUUUUCUUGUUUGAGUAUUUCUUUCAGGCUACGGUGCAGCAAGUAAGUCUCUGUGAAGGUUCAAUAGCUGCAUGCUGCCAGGAACAGCUGGUAAUUUG